AUCAGGAAAACAAAAAUGGUGGAGAGUGUUGUUAGUCUCAGUGUAAUAGAGUUGGGAGAGUCUUCCAUCUCUCUUCUUCUUCGUCGUCUUCGUCAACUGCACCCAAUGGAACCUCUCCUCAGAGUUCCACUUCUCUUCAUCUUCAUCUCCCUCUUCAUCAAUCUCGCAAAUUCAUCAUCUUCACAAGAUGUUCACAUCGUCAAUGCCGAACGCAGAAUCGACUUGACUUCUCACAUUGUAAAGGUGUACUUGACAUUGAAGGUUGAAAACUUGGGAACAUCUCCUGUUUCAGAAGUACAUCUUGCUUUUUCACCUACUGAAAGUGAACAUCUAGCAAUAGUCAAAGCUGCUGCAACUUCUGGGAAGAGGAAGAAGAAAACUUAUGUUCCUCUUGAUGUUAAAUCUGCUGAGCUACCUGAUGGACCAAACGGAACUAAAUUUUUCUCUAUAGCUUUAUUAACUCCACUGAGUAAAGGUGAAACCACGACACUUGAGGUGCUUUACAGAUUGACACAUUCUCUGGAACCUUUCCCAGUAGAAAUAAGUCAAUCAGAGUCACAGUUGGUCUAUUUCCGUGAUAGCGCAAUAUUAUUGUCUCCCUAUCAUGUCAAGCAACAGACAACUUUCAUCAAGACACCAAGCACCCGGGUAGAAUCGUUCACCGUGGUGGAGCCCACUAAGCGUGCUGGUACGGAGCUGAAAUAUGGGCCAUAUGACAGUUAUUCCCCAUAUUCAUAUUCUCCAGUACUUGUUCAUUUUGAAAAUAACAAUCCAUUUGCUGUGGUUGAGGAGCUUGAACGUGAAAUUGAAAUAUCUCACUGGGGAAGCGUUCAAGUCACAGAGCGAUAUAGGCUGGUUCAUGCUGGUGCUCGACACAAAGGUGUUUUUUCAAGGGUUGAAUAUCAAACUAGAUCUGGUGGUAGUGGUGUUUCUUCAUUUAAAAAUCUUCUAUUGAAACUACCCCCUAGAGUUCACUCAGUAUAUUACCGGGAUGAAAUAGGGAAUAUUUCCUCUUCACAUUUGCGAACAGAUUUUCUGAAGUCAGAACUUGAAAUUGAACCACGGUAUCCUCUAUUUGGAGGCUGGAAAUCAACUUUUGUCAUUGGUUAUGGGGUACCACUACAAGACUUCCUUUUUGAGUCUCCAGAUGGCAGAAGAUACCUCAAUUUUACUUUUGGUUGCCCUGCUGAGGCAGUGGUAGACAAGUUGAUAGUAAAAGUCGUGCUGCCAGAGGGAUCCAAAGACCCCGCAGCUGUGAUUCCGUUUGAAGUAGAGCAACAUCUAGAGACCAAGUAUUCGUAUCUUGAUGUUGUCGGCAGGACUGUGGUGGCUCUAGAAAAGAGAAAUGUAGUUCCUGAGCAUAACACUCCUUUCCAGGUGUACUACAAUUUCAACCCCAUUUUCAUGCUUGCUGAGCCAUUGAUGCUGGUAUCUGUAUUUUUCUUUCUAUUCAUGUCUGCUGUGGCAUAUCUACAUAUGGACAUCUCCAUCCGCAAGUGAUGAACAUCUUGCUAGCUUUAUGAAAGGCAGUGGCUGAGCAACAAAGGUUCCAUAUAGCAUUUUUGCAAAAUUUAGUGGAGUUAAAUGGACCAAAUGCAAUUAGAGUUUUGCUUGUUUGUAUGGUUAUCCCCAUCCUUCAAUCAUUACUUCCAUUUAAGAAACAUUGGAUACGUUUGUUAGAUAUAUGACAAGAUACUCAGAAGAUGUUCCUUUCCAGGUAUUAGAAAUAUACAAACUGAAUUUGACAAAAAAAAGCAUAUUCAACGGUUAAAUUAUGUUUGUAUUGAGUUUAAUUAUGUUGGCAUUUUGUUAAAAA